GUGGAGAGGGAGGGAGGCGGGCGCGGGGACACAGUGUCGGCGCCGCGCUACAAAGUAUCCGCGUGGUGCUACAGUGUCGCUCGCGGGGAGGUGGCGGCGGUGCAGGGGCCUCGGUCCCGGCGGCGGCCGGUCCUUGCAGCCUGCCCGAGGGGGAGGGGCGCGCGCCGAGUCCCGGGAAGUUGGGAGGUUCCGGAGGCGGCUCCGGUUUCUUCCGACCGGGCGGUGCGCGCCCUCCCCGGCCCGACCCCUGGGGUGGGGGGGUGUGGCUCCCGUGCCCGGGGGUCACGUGCCUCGUGCGGCUCGGGUUUGAAAUGAUAGGUUUGGGGCUGAGUCGAGUCCAGCCCUUUAGAAAAGUUGCUGCAGCAGGAGGAACAUGAUCUCCUCGGGGUGCGCCUUGCUUUUCGGCUUGGACGCCGCCGCCGCGCCCCUGCCCAAGCCGGCGGGCCGCGGGGGCCCUGGAGAGGGUGCUCGGCCCGGCGGGAGCGUGUUCCUGGCCGUCCGGUCGAGCGCUGGCGCUCGGGCUGCUCCCUGAAGGGGCGUCCGGGGUCCGGGGGGCGUUCCGCCCGCAGAUGGGGCGGCCAGGCCGCGCGGCCUCCCCGGGGCGGGGUGGCGGUCACCUGGGCGGCCUCUGGCGCAGCAUCGUCCCAGACAUAGCAGUUGGUACAAAGCGGGGAUCUGACGAGCUCUUCUCUGCCUGCGUCACCAACGGACCCUUUAUCAUGAGCAGCGGCUCGGCCUCCGCAGCCAACGGGAAUGACAGCAAGAAGUUCAAGGGCGACAGCAGGAGCGCAGGCGUGCCCUCCCGCGUCAUCCACAUCCGAAAGCUGCCCAACGACGUCACCGAGGGCGAGGUCAUCUCUCUGGGGCUGCCCUUCGGGAAGGUUACCAACCUCCUGAUGCUGAAGGGGAAGAACCAGGCCUUCAUCGAGAUGAACACGGAGGAGGCCGCCAACACCAUGGUGAACUAUUACACGUCAGUGACGCCCGUGCUGCGCGGCCAGCCCAUCUACAUCCAGUUCUCUAACCACAAGGAGCUCAAGACCGACAGCUCGCCCAACCAGGCGCGCGCCCAGGCAGCCCUGCAGGCCGUGAACUCGGUCCAGUCAGGAAAUCUGGCCCUGGCCGCCUCGGCCGCCGCGGUGGACGCCGGGAUGGCGAUGGCCGGCCAGAGCCCGGUGCUGAGGAUCAUCGUGGAGAAUCUGUUCUACCCGGUGACCCUGGACGUGCUCCACCAGAUCUUCUCCAAGUUCGGCACGGUGCUGAAAAUCAUCACCUUCACCAAGAACAACCAGUUCCAGGCGCUGCUGCAGUACGCGGAGCCCGUGAGCGCCCAGCACGCCAAGCUGUCGCUGGACGGCCAGAACAUCUAUAACGCCUGCUGCACGCUGCGCAUCGACUUCUCCAAGCUCACCAGCCUCAACGUCAAGUACAACAACGACAAGAGCCGCGACUACACGCGCCCCGACCUGCCCUCGGGCGACAGCCAGCCCUCGCUGGACCAGACCAUGGCCGCGGCCUUCGGUGCGCCUGGUAUAAUGUCAGCCUCUCCGUAUGCAGGAGCUGGUUUCCCUCCCACCUUUGCCAUUCCUCAAGCCGCAGGCCUCUCUGUCCCCAACGUGCACGGGGCGCUGGCCCCCCUGGCCAUCCCGUCGGCAGCGGCAGCGGCAGCAGCGGGCAGGAUCGCCCUCCCGGGCCUGGCUGGGGCCGGGAACUCUGUGCUGCUGGUCAGCAACCUGAACCCCGAGAGAGUCACACCCCAAAGCCUCUUUAUUCUUUUCGGCGUGUACGGCGACGUGCAGCGGGUGAAGAUCCUCUUCAACAAGAAGGAGAACGCGCUGGUGCAGAUGGCCGACGGCAGCCAGGCCCAGCUGGCCAUGAGCCACCUCAACGGGCACAAGCUGCACGGGAAGCCGGUGCGCAUCACCCUGUCCAAGCACCAGAACGUGCAGCUGCCCCGCGAGGGCCAGGAGGACCAGGGCCUCACCAAGGACUACGGCAGCUCGCCGCUGCACCGCUUCAAGAAGCCGGGCUCCAAGAACUUCCAGAACAUCUUCCCGCCCUCCGCCACCCUGCACCUCUCCAACAUCCCGCCCUCCAUAUCCGAGGACGACCUCAAGAUCCUCUUCUCCAGCAACGGCGGGAUCGUCAAGGGGUUCAAGUUCUUCCAGAAGGACCGGAAGAUGGCGCUGAUCCAGAUGGGCUCCGUGGAGGAGGCGAUCCAGGCGCUCAUCGACCUGCACAACCACGACCUGGGCGAGAACCACCACCUGCGGGUCUCUUUCUCCAAGUCCACCAUCUAGGCCGCCAGGACCCUGCGGGCGCCGCCACCACUUCCAUCAUUCCAGAAAAGCCACUUUAAAAAGCAGCUGAAGUGACCUUAAAAGACCAGAGAUUUUAUUUUUUUAAAGAGAAAUCAGUUUACCUGUUUUUAAAAAAAUUAAAUCUAAUUCCUUUGGGGAGCCGGCCUCGGCCCUCGCUCGGCGAGUGGACAGCGCGCCCGCCGCCCCGUGCCUUCUGCCGCCGGCGGGCCCCCGCGGCCCUCCUGUGCCUUAAACCCGCGCCCCGCGGGCCUCGCGGGGGCGGAUGCGGGGCAGGGCCGGGUGCCCGGUGGCGGCCAACCCAGUGUAAUCACCUGUGCGAUGGCCCCCGGCCGCCGCCGCCUUCAGCUCCCUAAUCUUGUGCUUCGAUGCGCCGCACGCCUGUGCCUAGCGAUCUCUCCAGUUGACCAAAUAUGCUAAUCUUUCUUCAUUUAUAUGCAAAAGACAUAGUUUAAGUAACUUUUUAUAGCGAGAUGAUGAAAAUGGUAUGAGUGUAUCUAACUUCCUCCUCGUGGUGACCUGUAUACUGUACUCGUGUUUCUGUGACGGCCGCAGGGCCUCCCGACGCCUUAGGCCCGGCCUCGUCCCAGGACGGGCGCGCUCCGACUUUCAGGGUCUCCUUUUUCCUGCAAAUUUUGGACCAAAGUUUUCUGUUUUGUCUGCCUCUGACACUGGGACCCAGAUGGUGGGGCCGCGGCCCUCGAGUCUUAACGUCUCCUUCGCGCCUCACCUGUUCCCGCGGGUCCAAGGGGCUCCCUGUGCGCGGACCCCGUGCUGGCCGCCCCGCCCGGGGACCUGGGCCCCGUUUCCAGAUGGGGUGGAACAAGGGUGUAGAUAUUUAUAAUUUUUUAUACCUGUUGUCAGAGACGAGGGGCAGCAAUCGCGGUUUUUAUGGUGACAGAUGUAUAUUUUGAUAACAGCAAUUACAGGUCAGUAUUGUGACGGGGGCUCGGCGCGCUCCACCGCCCGCCGCCGGCUUGUAAUGCGGAGAGAACGGAAUUAAAGCAAUUUUAUAACAA